AAAAGCAAAGGAAAUAUAUCAGUUUUCACAACCCGCUGUGUUUACAUUCGUCAUGUUCACGAGGAAACGUCAUCAUUAAGCGACACGUCAGCUGAUGGGGUUCCCUAAACGACUGGAUGUAGUUGGCUAUAGUAUAUGUAUAUAUACAUGUUUGAGUAUACGGAGUACAUCUCCCUCAGCUAACUGCUAACAGCUAACAGCUAGCAUUCACUGUUGUGACUCUCCAUAUAUAACCAUGAACGUCACGGCGAAUUCGUUUACACUUGGGGACAAAUUUCACGAGAAGUUAGAAGAGUUAUUGCAGAAAAAACACAGUAUUUCCCUGGAUCUCCUUCAGGAAUUAGAAGCUCUUAAAAAACAAACCAUCAUCUCAUUCAAGACUGUCAGGAAACUGCAGAAACUUCUUCAGCAAAAUGGAUAUCCAGUGUACCUUCAUGAGUUGCUCGAAGAUAGCAUGCUUUAUCUUCCAAAGGUGGAACCGCCUCCAAGAAACCCUCAGUUAGUGGCACGUCUGGAGAAAAUCAAAGCAAAACUUGCAAAUGAAGAAUAUAGGAGAAUCACACGGAAUGUGAAUCCUCACGAAAGUAAUAAUGUUGGAACCCUAGCAGACUUUGGAAGAGAAGGUCAGCAGAAUCUUUUUUUUGGUCAGGAAAUUUGUCAGACUAAAAAAAAAAAUCCUCGCCAGAGUUGUUCGGUCUGUCAAAGCAGUCGUGGUUACUGUGUUCAAUUUCUUGGUAACGGUGGUUGCAGCCUUUGCUUGUGCUUAUAUUGGUAGUCAGUACAUCUUCACAGAAACAACAGCGAGGGUUAUAUCUGCAGUGAUUGCAGCAUCUGUAGUUGGUCUAGCAGAGCUUUAUGUACUAGUUCGCACUAUGGAGGGUGACUUGGGAGAGCCAUAACCCCAGCCAUCACUGGGG